AUGGUUCUCAAGCCACGACUCACUCGUCGGCGGCUCAUCCUUUUCUUCGCCGGUUUCUUCCUCACUCUCCACACCACGUACCUCUUACUUCCGCACGACUCUCACAUCCGCCUCUCCAUCAACUUCAACACUUCGCGCUUCUGGAAUGCAAUCCGAGCUUCAACCACAGAUCGGGACGCUUGGCUGCGUCAGAGCCCUGCGCCACACCCUCUGAGUCUGCGUGACGACGUCGGCUAUCUCAUCAAAACAGGCUAUGGCACUCGCCAUCGGUUGCCCGCCUUGAUAGAAGCCUUCGCUCGCACUGGAGACAUUCUAGGAGACGAACAUCAAAGCUUUAUUGUUGUCGGAGACUGGACGCCAACGAACCAGACAGUCGACGGGCUGCCAACCGUGUACAAUGCCGUGGACAUGCUCAUGGAGACCAAGCUCGACCCAUCGCUUCGGGACCACCCCCGUCUCCCCAAGUACCGCUCCCUUCAGGAAGCGAUAGACUCGGGCGAUGAGAAUCAGGCGAACGAGCUUGGCCGGGAGUUUGGGUGGGAGUUGGAUGCGCUCAAGAAGAAGUGGUACAUCAUCCUAGAUGACGAUACCUUUCUGAUAGGGCCUUCGCUGCAUCUCCUCUUGAGCCAUUUGGAUCCCACCAAACCGCAGUACAUUGGCAACGCCGUGGGCGACUACAAAAGUCGCUUCGCACACGGGGGUUCUGGCAUCGUGCUGUCGCAGGAGACCAUGCGGCGCCUCUUCAGCAAUCCCGGCAUCGUAGCCCAGUCACAUGUCGACUCGCUCGACGAGACAUGGGGUGACCGCCUAGUAGGCACGACGCUGAUCAAGCUGGGCAUCUAUCUCGACGAGCGGUAUAGCCAUUACUUCAACGGUGAGCCGCCCGCGAUGGCCCGGGUCCAGGGUGACCGCUUCUGCUCGCCCAUUGUCUCCCUCCAUGGCAUCCGCAGACCAGGGGCCAUGGAGGCCGUCGGCGAGGCCCUCUCCAACAGACAGAAGCCAGUGCUGUGGACCGACCUGUGGCAGCUGUUUGCCGCCUCUUCACUCGACGAUGCUGGCCGCGAGCCGGUACGUCAGAUGCGGGACCACGUGGGGCCGACGGGCGACGACACGACGACAUGGCAGGGCAUCGCAUCGGCAGAGGCAUGCCGCAGCAAGUGUCAGGAUGACAGAAGCUGCCUGGCGUGGACCUUUGAUACGAAGGCGCGGGCUUGCCGCACCAGCCCUUGGAUGGUCAUUGGAGACGGCAGCGGCGUAGAGGCGGAGGAGGAGUCUGGUCUCGACGAUUGGCAAAGGGUGGCGUCUCUGAUGCGGCACUGCGGCCGAGCAUCCACGUACGAGUAUCAGCAGUAG